CAGCAUUGGAAAGGUGAAUGUUUUCAGCUUGGGGAGGGAGAACAGCUUGCUGACUACAGAGAAUGGAACUGUCAUGAAACCAAUGGUAUCAAGCUCGUGGCAGCUGAAUCACAGUGUGUGCGCAAGACGUGGGUGCUUGGACUCUACUGGAGCAAGGGACAGUCCUGUGCCAAAGCCAUGGAGCAGCGGGGAGAGUCAGGGCUGGCAUGCACAAGGCACAGCCCUGGGACGUGGGGGCUGCCAGAGGUACAAUACAGGGCAGUGAGAGCCUGCUGGCAGAGCCAGGGAGCUGUGUUGGGCAGAAGAAGGAAGAUCAGUCCUGCAUGGGUGAAGGGGAAAGGCCAGCUGAAGCUGUCUAUCGAGGUGCAGGAGCGCUCUCUGAUGCUGCAUGUCAUGGAAGCAAAAGGUCUGAUGGGGACAGAGUACCGACCGUGCAACUCCUACGUGAAGAUGUCAGUUGUGCCAGAUGCCGACUGGAAGUGCAGACAGAAAACAAAGACUGUGCCAGACAGCAAAAACCCAGUCUUCCAUGAGCACUUUGUCUUCCUGCUACAGGAGGAGGAUGAGCAGAAACGUCUCCUGGUCACGGUCUGGAACCGAGAGACAGAUUGCAGGCAGAGCAAACUGAUUGGGUGCAUGAGCUUUGGUGUGAAGUCCCUCCUGACCCUGGACAAGGAGAUCAGUGGCUGGUACUACCUCCUUGGGGAGGAUCUGGGCAGGACCAAGCACUUGAAGGUGGCUGUGCGGCGGCUGAAGAAGAGCAGAGAACCGAUACUGGGAGAUCAGAGUGCAGCGUGUGAGGGCCGGGACAUUGCGAACAUGAGGCAGCUGAAGAUCACAAUCCCUAGAGGAAGUGAUGGGUUUGGCUUCACGAUCUGCUGUGACUCCCCGGUCCGUGUGCAGGCAGUGGACUCUGGUGGCCCUGCAGAAAAGGCUGGUUUGCAGCAGCUUGACACAGUGCUGCAGCUGAAUGAGCGGCCCGUGGAGCACUGGAAGUGUGUGGAGCUGGCACACGAAAUCCGGAACUGUCCCACAGAGAUCAUCCUGCUGGUCUGGAGGCUUGUCCCACAGGUCAAGUCUGGACCCGAUGGCAUGAUCCGCCGUUCAUCCUGCAAGUCUACCUAUGACCUGCAGUCCCCUCCAAACAAGCGGGAGAAAAACAGCACUGUGCCCCUGCGGCCUGAGCAGCGACGGAGCUGCCAUGUCCUGUAUGAUGGGAGUGAUGGGUUAAUGCUGAACAGCUGGGAGAGGUACACGGAGAUUGGCAAGCGGGGCCAGAACACCAUGCCCCCUCUGUCCCAUGUGCCCUCUGCUGCUGACCAGAACUACAUCAUCCUUGCACCUCUGAACCCAGGGAGCCAGCUGCUGAGGCCUGUGUACCAGGAGAACAAUGCGACUGAGGGAAAUGGAUGCAAAGGAAAAUCACACACAGGGUCUGGGAGAAAAUCCAGGCUGAUGAAGACUGUGCAGACAAUGAAGAGCUAUGGGAACUACCAGAACUGCACUAUAGUGAGACCACACAUCCCACACUCCAGCUAUGGCACAUACGUGACACUGGCUCCCAAAGUGCUGGUGUUCCCCGUCUUCGUGCAGCCCUUAGAUCUUUGUAACCCAGCCCGGACUCUGCUUCUGUCGGAGGAGCUGCUUCUUCACGAGAGCAGAAGCAGGACUAUCCAGGUGACUCUCUUCGUCUACUCUGACCUGCUGCUCUUCACCAAGGAGGACGAGCCUGGGCGUUGCAAUGUACUGAGGAACCCUCUCUACCUGCAGAGUGUUAAGCUCCAGGAGGGUUCAGAAGAUCGGAAAUUCUGCAUCCUUUACCUUGCAGAGAAGUCGGAGUGCUUAUUAAGUUUGGAGGCUUACUCCCAGGAGCAGAAGAAGAGGAUCUGCUGGUGUCUGGCUGAGAACAUCACCAAGCAGCAACAUCCGGCAUCGGCUCCCACAGAGAGCAAGAUGCAGGAGACAGACGCCGAGAAGCCGGGGCAGACGCACUUGGAGGACAGGAGGGCGGCUGCAGGCGAUGCUCCUCCGGCCACAGAGGUGCCGGCUCCAUCCGAGGCUCCAGCAGCUGCCCAGGGGUCUCUCCUGGCCAGAAAGCAGCCGGCGGCUGCUGAGAAGGGUGAAGAGCAGCCCAGCUCUGUGCCGGCCUUCGUCAUCCCCGAGCUGCGCCUCGACAGCUCCUUCAGCGUGGUGGGCACAGCUGGUGGCACCACGGAUGGUGAGGAUGAGGAGGAUGAAGAUGAGGAUGACGAAGAGGAGGACGAUGAGGAUGAAGAGGAUGACAGCGAUGAGAACUACCUGGAGCGGAGCGAGGCAAAGCGCAGCAGCAUGAUUGAGACAUCAGGCUGCCAGCCUGCAUACACGCUGAGCGUGCAGAGCUCCCUGCGGCGCCGCACACACAGCGAGGGCAGCCUGCUGCAGGAGGCCAAGGGGCACUGCUUCACCUCCGACACCACGCUCAACUGCUCAGACAGCCAAGGCAGCACGGGGCACUGGGCUCUGCCUUCCCCCAGGACUCUCAAGAAGGAGCUCACCAAGAAUGGAGGCUCCAUCCACCAGCUCAGCCUGCUCUUCUCGGGGCACAGGAAGCUGAGUGGAGGCAACCCUGAAUGCAGCUGUGAUGAAGGGGAUGAAACCUCCCGCAAGAAGAGGAGCAGGAGCCUAGCCAAGGAUAUGAAGAACCGGUUGGGGAUUUUCCGGCGGAGGAACGAGUCUCCGGGAGCCAACCCCUCCGGCAAGCUGGACAAAGUGCUCAAGUCGCUCAAGCCUGCACCCGAGGAAGCUCUCAAGUGGGGGGAGUCCCUGGAGAAGCUGCUGCUGCACAAAUAUGGGCUCGCAGCCUUCAGGGCCUUCCUGCGCACCGAGUUCAGCGAGGAGAACCUGGAGUUCUGGCUGGCAUGCGAGGAGUACAAAAAGAUCAAAUCCCAGUCCAAGAUGGUCUCCAAGGCCAAGAAGAUCUUUGCGGAGUACAUCGCCAUCCAGUCCUGCAAGGAGGUGAACCUGGAUUCCUACACACGGGAGCACACCAAGGAGAACCUGCAGAACAUCACCCGCGGCUGCUUCGACCUCGCGCAGAAGAGGAUUUACGGGCUGAUGGAGAAGGACUCGUACCCCCGCUUCCUCCGCUCUGACUUGUACUUGGACAUCAUCCACCAGAAGAAAGCCAGCUCCCCGCUGUAGGGCAGUGGGGCAGACUGGGAGCUGCGUGUUUACAUGGAACCGGCGGUGGGGACCUCGCUGCGGCCGGCCGUGCCCCCCCAGGCGUGGGGCAGUGGGGGCACCGGUGCCAAGCAGGCUGGUACUGCUCCAUCGCCCCGUCCUGCCAUCGCUGGUACGACGCCGUCGGGGCGGAUGUCAGCCAGGAGGGGAGCUCCCGCAUGACUACUGUGAACCUGAGCUGCGAGCAUCGCUGGAUGGCGACGCUUGAUCCCGACCCAGCGUGGAGGAGGAAGGCUUUUACGCAGGGCUCUGCUUUUCUCCAGGCAGCACUGAUGUGGGCGCCAUCCCUGGACAAAGGACUCCUGACCUGACCCGGCCCCGUGAUGCUGCUGCGCAUCCCUGCCCUGAAGCAGCCAUCCCGCAGGAGCUUCUCGCUCCCCUCAUUCCUGGUUUAUUUAUUGACCUCCUCUCGCUGGACGCAUCGCUGUAUUAUAGGAAACCCUCGUUCCCAAUUUACAAGUGCAAUAGUUGUGUGUGUCGCGGCGGAGUUCUCCCGUGGAGUGGAUGCCUUCUCUUUUACGAGUGCGUGCAACAUUUUCUAAGUUUGCAGGUUUUAUCUGACAAAGAAAAGGAAAAAAAAAACCCAACCAAACAAACCAAGAACGCAUUCCCUAGCAGCGCUGGGGGAGCCUGGGUGUACAUAUCCUGCCCUGACGACGGAGGGCUUGCUGAUGGAGAUAAGCAGCUCUGGGAAUCGGUGCUCUCCCUACUCUGGAUCACAACACUGCGUUUGGAGACGCAGGGCUGUUGCUGAACGCGGCGGAGCCGGAUGGACUGCAUGCGUCCGGGCGCCCAGUUUACAGUGCGAAGCAUCUCUGCAGCUAGCAAAAAUACAUUGUCAUGGUCAUAGGUAAAUAAAAGGAGAAUGUAAUUUCUUGUA